CACAUCCGGACGAACACAGCUAUGACGGACGAUCCAACAGGUUCCCAGCGACUAAGCUCGGCGGCAAUCAGACCUAGUUCCCAUAAGAGUAGCUCAUCAUACUGGUGGAGCACCACAGGUCGCGAUCUUGCCAAUAUGUUACAAGCAGCCCAGUAUCCUGAGGAAACUCAACGCCAAUUCUUGUCUUAUUAUAAAAAUACACUCUGUCCAAUGCUGGGUGAUGACCCCAGCCCGAGCAAUGCUCUACAUGAGAAAAGCUGGACGUGGGAUGGUUCGACUCACGAAUAUAGCUUCGAGUUUAAAGGAUCAACAAAAGAUCCUGAGGUGCGCUUUGUUGCCGACUUUAGCCAACUCAGACCCGUGGAUUGGACGGAUCUUCUUAACAAUGAGGGCACGGAAUCCGCGAUUGCCUCCUUUGCAUGUCGUGCUUCGGGGUUUGAUGACACUUGGUAUCAGGCACUCAAAAGAUCCAUGGAUUAUUCUCAUCUUUCUGCUUCUGCCAAGAAAGAUCUCAUUGACAAGGCGGGGCAUAUGACCCCUUCUCUCAUUGGGUUCGAUAUUUCUCGUGAAUUACCACCCGGUCCUGGUAUGCUGCCAGUUAUGGGUAAGGCGUACUUCUUGCCAUGUUUCGCCGCUGCCGCUGAGAACAAAACACGUUUCAGGGUCGUCUGCACUGCCAUCCGAGAGCUUCCGGGCAUCUCCUCCCCGCCUAACAUCAUUUCGUCCCUGCAGCUCCUUGAAGAGUAUCUCGCGUCCAAACCAGAAGAUUGGGAGAAUGGCACGCGUUAUCUCGCCACAGACUUCAUAUCACCAGCCAAGGCCCGCCUCAAGAUCUAUAUCCGAUGUCCCAGUAUGCAAUUCAGCGAUAUGUGGGACUUCUUCACCUUGAGUGGUCGAAUCCUAUGCAUGGAGGAUGCCAGAAAUAGGUAUUUAGAGUUUGUCAACCUUUUGGGAGGCAGCACCGCGGUCGAUGAGGCAGAGGAUCCCAGACAGAGAAUUGAGACAGCAAAUCGACGCAAGCUGACGACUUUGUAUUUUUCUCUCACCGACCAAUAUCCAUUUCCAGCGCCCAAGAUCGCUUUCUGCGCCCGCAACUUUGUCGCAAAUGAUGAGCUGGUUGCUCAAGGCCUUGAUAGAUGGACCAAGAAGUACGGGUGGAGUGACGGUGAGCGAUCUAUCUACGAGCUAGUCCAUAGCGCGAUCACGCAUCGAAAGCUGGAAGAAAAGGCGGGAAUCUUCACCUUUAUCGGGCUCGCGAGAAAAGAUCCUACCAAGGAGGAUUUGAGCAUCCAGACGUACCUUUGCCCUGAACUCUAUGAGACAGCUAGAUCGGUGUGGUAAUUGGAUCUGCAAACGCUUCUGGCAACAGUGGCUCAGGUCAUAUAGUUCUUGUUAGGACAGCUCCAACACUUCUCAAUUAUCUAUUCAGUUGCCGCAUGUAGAGAAGAUGGAUGUUUGUUUUGGUAUUAU